CCCCCAUGGCGGCGGCCAAGGCGGAGCUGCAGCUGCUGGCGCCGCUGGCCCUGGCCGACCCGUUCGGCCCCUUCCCGCACUCCUCCCCCGCCCUGGACAACUACCCCAAGCUGGAGGAGAUGAUGCUGCUGGGCUCCGCCGGGGCUCCCUUCGCCCCCGACGCCGCCGGACCGGCCGGACCGGGAGCAGCGGGAGCAGCGGGGCCGGCGGGCGGCGGCGGCGGCGGCGGCGGCGGCUUCCCCCCCGCGGGCGAGGCCGGCGAGCAGCACUUCGAACACCUGGCCGCAGACACUUUCCCCGACAUCUCCCUGGGCGCCGAGAAGGGGCUGGCGGAGCCCGGCUACCCCAACCAGACGACCCGCCUGCCGCCCAUCGCCUACACGGGCCGCUUCUCCCUGGAGCCGGCGCCCAACGGGGCCAACCCCCUGUGGCCGGAGCCCCUGUUCAGCCUGGUCAGCGGGCUGGUGAGCGUGACCAACCCGCCGGCCGCCUCGGCCUCGCCGGCCUCCUCCGCCUCGCAGAGCCCCCCGCCGAGCUGCGCCGUCCAGUCGACGGAGAACGGCCCCGUCUACUCGGCCGCCCCCACGUUCCCGGCGGCCGGCGCCGACCUCUUCCCCGAGGCCCCGGCCUUCCCCCCGCCCCCGGGGGGGCCCGGCGGCCUGCAGUACCCGCCGCCCCCGGCCUACCCCGGCGCCAAGGCCGGCUUCCAGGUGCCCGUGAUCCCGGACUACCUGUUCCCGCCGGGGCAGGGGCAGGGGCAGGGGGAGCUGGGCCCGGCGGAGCAGAAGCCGUUCGCCGCCCCCGAGGGCCGGGGCCCGCAGCUGUCGCUCACGCCCCUGUCCACCAUCAAGGCCUUCGCCACGCAGACGGGCUCGCAGGACCCCAAGCCCCUCGGGGCGGCCUACCCGGCCCAGGCGGCCAAGCCCGGCCGCCUGCGCAAGUACCCCAACAGGCCCAGCAAGACCCCGCCCCACGAGCGGCCCUACGCCUGCCCCGUGGAGUCCUGCGACCGGCGCUUCUCCCGCUCGGACGAGCUGACCCGGCACAUCCGCAUCCACACGGGCCAGAAGCCCUUCCAGUGCCGCAUCUGCAUGCGCAACUUCAGCCGCAGCGACCACUUGACCACCCACAUCCGGACGCACACGGGCGAGAAGCCCUUCGCCUGCGACAUCUGCGGCCGCAAAUUCGCCCGCAGCGACGAGCGCAAGAGACACACAAAGAUCCACCUGCGGCAGAAGGACAAGAAGGCGGACAAGGGCCCGGCGGUCGUCGCCGCCCCGGCCCUGCCCGCCUCCUCGCUCCCGCCCCUCUCCUACUCCUCCUCCUCCUCCUCCUCCUCCUCUUCCUCCUCCGUCGGCGCCUCGUACCCGUCCCCGGCCCCCACCUCCUACCCGUCCCCCGGCUCCUCGUCGUCCUACCCGUCCCCGGCCCACAGCGGCUUCCCCUCGCCCUCCAUCGCCUCCACGUUCUCCUCCAUCGCCUCCGCCUUCCCGGCCCCGGGGGUCCCCGGCUUCGCCGCCCCGGGCGUGGCCGGCCCCUUCGGCGGCUCGACGGCCCUCUCGGACAUGGCGGCCGCCUUCUCGCCCAGGACAAUAGAGAUCUGUUAGGGGCCAGAAGAGGACUGGCGUUGGGGCGGGGCGGGGGACCGAAGAGGGACACCUCCCCCCCCCCCCCCCC